AUGUCAUCAGAACGACAGUGCUUACAGUUUGCAAAUGUGUACAAGGCGAAGGACAAAGAAACAGGAGAUUUUGUCGCCAUAAAGAAGAUCAAACUGGGUUCGCGAGCCGAAGCGAAGGAUGGCAUUAAUAGGACGGCGCUUCGUGAGAUCAAACUUCUACAGGAGAUUCAUCAUGACAAUAUUAUAGGACUGCGGGACGUCAUCGGAUCUCGAACGAAUAUCCAGCUAGUAUUUGAUUUUAUGGAAACGGAUCUUGAGGAUCUUAAACCGAACAACUUGCUCAUGAACAGCGCCGGUCGAAUCAAACUAGCUGAUUUUGGUUUGGCUAGAUUUUUUGGUUCACCGAACAAGGUUUACACUCAUCAGGUAGUUACUCGAUGGUACCGUGCACCAGAACUGAUUUGGGGUGCGCGAGCAUAUGGAGUAGGGGUGGACAUGUGGGCGAUCGGCUGCAUCAUCGCUGAAUUACUUCUGAGGGUAACGUUUUCUUUUGCGUUUAGGUUAUUCGUCGCUACGCUACACAAACUAGUUAGGCAAUUUACAGUAUUUUUGGCGAUUUAUUAG